GACUCUGUACUCUAUCCAAGAAGGCUCUGCUCCAGGAGUGGAAGUGUGUAUCGUCGUGUAUGAGCCGACUGGGAUCUGUCCUAUUCCAUUCCCAUUCUCUGUCAUGUUCUCAACCAGCGAUCUCUCUGCAGUGGUCGACAACGACUAUUUGGAUGCAGACACGAUCCAAAUCUUUGGAGCGUGUGCUACAAGCGUUGCAUAUCUGUACCAAUCGUGGAUGAUUCCAUAGGAGAG